UAUGGCAACGUAAACAAAAUGACAUCGUCCCUCACACAAAAUAUAGCAAAAUCCGUCCAACGUUUUCGCGCUAACGCUCGCAGCGCCCCUACAGUCUAUAGGGUUCACUUUGUUCGGGUGCAUUGAUGUUCCUUACUUUGCAAUUUUUAGCACCUGCGUGAAAUUUAAUAGAACACUGGGUGGAUGCGUUUUCUGUGGGCUGGUCAUGCAUUUCUAAAGUAGUGUUGUUGAUUUGAUACGAUCAUUACUGUUCCUUUGGACUCCAGAUCAUUUGGAUAUCGCCCAGACGCAUACAGACGUUCGAUGUUGCCUGUCAUAAUAAGGAAAUAGUAGUGCAAACUCGUAACCGCGCACGUGCAGCUAAUGUAGUGGAAGCGUUUACAGCGCCAUUUGCGGCAUUAUUUAGAGUUUUGUUCGUUUUGUAGCAGACUAUGUCAUUUUAUAUACAUGUAUAUGUGCCUGUGGCAGCUGUUUCUUUUGCUGCAUGAGCCGUGACUUGUAGCUCCCGUGCGCGCAAUCGCCGGUGGCUGCGCGUUUCGGCGUUUCGUACGGUCCGUGCAUACGCUACUGAUCCAAUUUGCGGAAAACAAGCAGAGCUCCAGAUUUGUGCGCUAAUAGGCGCCGCGGCCGCAAUCACUUUAGGAUUAAUGGUUUAGCUCACUGCUGCGGUUUGCAAGAGAGAAGGGGAGAAAAGUGGAAAGGGUAAGAUCGCUUGUUGUCACCGCAUCCGCUUCUUGAUGCGUCGGAAGAGAAUGGGAUUGCCGAUUGUACGCGCCGUGGCAAGAGCAAAGAGACAGCCCAAGACGCCGCCUCGAACGUCGCAGCGGUCAGCAGCAGCUGUGGUCUGCGCAGACCCUUGUUGCAGCUUGCGUGCGUCGUCCCUGCAUCGGUAGGGCGGCCGCGGAAAAGGCUCGCCGUCGAUGGAGCUUCGCUCCUACGCUGGCACGAGCGAUGACUCUGGCGCAAAACGGCUCGAUUGCCCGCUCUGCGAGACACCGUCCAGCAUGAGAGAUGCCCGCGGUGACAGCUCGCCGUUUACCGGCGCGGCUGAGCCCGGCUGGCAGCCUUGCCGACUGCUCACCGCCAGCGGACAUCACAAGAGUGUCGCGGACUUGGUUUCAAACGGGUAUCCCCACAUCAUAUGUUCCUCGCAUACCUCUGCAAGCAAGACUACUGUCGAGCAGGUGCUCCCAGCAUUCCAAAAGGUGCAAGUACCCCGCAAGUGCCAUAGUUUACCACGAAACUUCAAAUUCCGGCCAUACCAGCCCAAGGUUACGUCAGAUGCCCACACAACACCGUUGCUGAGCAGACAGUCGUCCGAAGUCGUUGGCCCUUCGGACUUCAAGUCACGCCUGGAUGCCAUAAAAGAUUGGUUCAGCACAUUCACUGAUGAUCAGAAGAAUGCCACAUUGAAAGCACUUUUGGGCUUGUGUGGCCAAUCCCAGAACCAUCUCCUCUCCGUCCUGCUCCAGCCAGUUCUGCACGAGCACUGCCCCGACAAUUGCCAGGACUGGCUCAGCUCCUUACCGCAGGGUCCUCGGCUGCUCAUUUUCUCAUACCUGGAUCCAGUGUCACUGUUGCGCUGUGCCCAGGUGUGCCAUGCAUGGCGUGACCUUACCCGUGAUCCUUACCUGUGGCAGCGCCUGUGCUCACAGCCACAGUGGCGCGUGAGCUCGACCACUGAGCGCAAGCAGCUUCAGCUUCUGCGUCGUCUCGAUGGCCACGUGGACUGGCGUGCUGUAUUUUGCCAGCGGUUCCGCCUGAGGCGCAACUGGCUCCGCGGCAGCUGCCAUGUGCGCACAUUCCACGGGCACACACAGGCCGUGUUCUGCGUCCAGUUCGACGACACGCGCAUUGUGAGUGGCUCCUCAGACAAAACGAUCAAGGUGUGGAACAUGCGCACAAAUAGUCCCUGGUCGGUGAUGACUCUCGUCGGUCACUCGGGCACGGUGCGCUGCCUUCACCUGAGCGGCAACCGACUAGUCUCGGGCUCCAGUGACUGCACGAUAAAGGUGUGGGACUUGAGUACGGAACACUCCUGGUCCAGCAUAGCCUGUAAGGGCACCAUGGUUGGGCACAUAGACACUGUGCGAUGCCUCCAAGCUGAUCAACGCCAAGUUGUCAGUGGCUCCUACGAUCGCACUCUUAAGGUCUGGGACAUGCGGACAGGACGUUGCCUGCGCACACUGGUCGGUCACACCGGUGCGGUACUGUGCCUGCAGUACCACGGAGACCAGCUUGUGUCGGGCUCCUGUGACCGAACCAUAAGAGUCUGGCAGCUGGGCACUGGUCGCCACAUGGCGACCUUUCACGGUCAUCAGGAUGCAGUCACCUGCCUCCAGUUUGACUCCAUGCAGGUGGUGAGCGGUUCCCUGGACCGCACUAUCAAGCUGUGGGGCCUGUCGAGCGGACACUGCCUUCGCACCCUGGACUGGAUCAAGUCUGAGGGCCACACGGGCGUGGUGCGCUGCUUGCAGGCCGACCAGUGGCGCAUCGUCAGCGCUGGUGACGACCGUGCGCUCAAGGUCUGGGGCCUCGAGACCGGCCAGAGGCUCGUCACACUGCGCAACCACUCGGAUGGGGUCACCUGUCUCCAGUUCAGUGACUGCCUCAUCGUUUCGGGCUCCUAUGACCAGACGGUCAAGCUGUGGGAUUUUACCGUCUGCUGAAGGGCCCUGCAAAAAGCUUCGAAACGGUGUAUCCAUCGUGACCGUGUGCUCUGCAGGCAGCAGAUAUGGCACAUAAGGUGCAUUCACAUGGAUAAUUGACAGAGGUCGCGCAACCUACCACUACUAGCGACCGAGGAGCUACUCAGGGUGAAAGGUGAUCACACUGGCAAACACAACCUGCCCAUUGCCACACUGAAAUGCCUCACGAUUGAUGGCCUUCAUGUUUGCUCAGAGCCUCACACCGCCAUCGCCGCAUAAAAUAAGCGUCAGUGUGCACAGACGUCUUGCUCCUAUGUCACCAAUUGGUUCAGUACGCUUGCGACUGCAGUUAUGCGACUGGAAAAUCGAGCAGCUGACCUAAAACAAUGGCUUUUCACCCAAAGUGACCAUUUGCGACCAACUUGGUCUCGCUACCUCUGCAAGUCACCGGUGUGAAUGGGCUCUUGCCAUCUAUCUCGUGCACAAGUAGAGAAGUGCUUUGUUGCUUCGCAAAAGUGCGGUUCGCCAAACUUGGUAAAAGUGCUGCAUUUGUGAAUGUUCAGAAGCAUGAGUACAGUGCCAGCAGUGGCGGGGGGGUUCUACACUGACAACUACUAUUUUUCCCGCUCCUUCACCCUCUCUCUCUCUCUCUCUUACACAUGCACGCACACACACGCGUACACAGAGAGAGAGAGAGAGAGACAGACAGGCAGACAGAGGUUGUACACCACGCAAAGACAAACUUUUAGCACUCCCCAGAGAAGAAUGAUUUAACAGUGAGGAUGCACAUUUUUGCGUUGCCAAAACAACACCUUGCUUAACUUCUGACAAAAGUUUCUUAUUGCUAAGAUAGUUAUGCUAUCAUUCUUAUGCUAUUUUUAGUAAUAAUUAUAUAAAAAGACUAAAAUUUCGUUUAAAAAUUGAUGCAUUUCUAUAACGUAUGUUGAUGACCUAGCUGGUACAUGACUUAGAAAAAUGAACAGCGCUAAAAAUGGGGCCAAACAAAAACAAAACAGCGCACUCUUGUGGGUCUUCUUGUUUGCAGACCAGACUCGUUGCAGCCCAGGGGACAGUGGAUGUCACCGUUGUUUUCCAGCCAGAUCUUCAAUUGAGUGGUACGGUUACAGCUAUGUAUGCAAGAGGGAGGGCACUAUUUUGCAAGUCACCUAUCACUCAAUGGUGCUUUUGGCAUUGUGGGCAUGCUAUAUUAUUCUAGAUUUAAAUAUACAGGAAUUAAGCAUUAUGCUAGAACUUCGAUAGUACCAUAUGAUGCAAGUUUCAUUCACUUUCGGUGACCUGCUGUGCGGCUUGUUUGAAAAGAUGUUUUGAAGUAACUUGCAAUCACGGUAUUGUAGGCAUCACACAAUGCUACAUAUUGUUAUUUGAUCACACUAGGAAUUGAUGAGGCAGACAGUCUGAAGCACAGCUGCUUCCUGUUUAGAACCCUUUGUCAAUAUUAUAGCAUCCGUAGUACGCAGUAAACUAAGGGCCUGUAGCUCUGAGAGUUUUGAAAGUAUUAGGUCACCUGACACAUUUAUUAGACUCUGCUGAUUGAGUUUUUCUAUUCAUUGCUUAAAAAGCUAGACAGUGUCAUGCUUCCACAAGCUGUGAGCAUCCUUGGGCCAACCGCAAGGUUGCAGAGCAACAACAGCCUGUCAUUCUCACUCGAUGCUGUGUGUCACGACAUUGCCACUCGGUCAUUAGUCGCUCCUGCUAAUCUCCUUCAGUGGCAAAUUUGCAUUCAGUUUGCUGCACCAAGCUCCUUGCCAAUUUGCAAAGUCUUAAGAGCUGUUGCCUGAGUCAUACUGAAAACUCGCCACACGUUUGUUCUUUUUUCUUUAGCUUCUUGUACCAUGUUGCAAGGCACAUGAAGGCUUUGCACGUACGGCCAAAAUGCCGAGCUCUGUGUUCGCUUAACACGUCCACUGCGGCAGCAUUUCUUGUAGUCUCGAUUCAAGAAUUUUUUCUCUCCGUUGAUUGCUAGAAAAAAAUGUUGCUUGCACACUGCAAGAAAGCCCUGCACAGCCGCACAGGGGGAAUAACUGCUGUGACCCACCGUUGACCCACGCCGCAGUGAACGUGUUAAAUUGGUGGUUGAGAUAUGCAUGUAUAGCCAGCCUUGUGCUUAGCACUUGCAGCACACGUGCGCCAUCACCUUGUGUAUAGUAUACCGGUGCAUUCCAGAUGAGACAAGUAGUGCCAAGAUCACUGUAUCUGUUUCAGGAUCACUGCGAGGGGUUUCUACACCACUUCGGCGUGGGCUUUUACCUGGUGUUAUCGGUGUUGUUUGUAUACGCAGCUCUUGCACGUGGCAUUUUUGAAACCUCUGCUGUGCACCAGACAAAGCUUGCAGAUAUUGUUCUUUAUUUAUCUUAAUAUUGCAUUUAUGAAUUGUCAAGUCACCCAGCAAAGAAUGCAAACCUGCUGGCAAUCCUUUUGUGGUUGUGAGUUCAUUUUCAAGCAGUAGUAGUAGUUAUACAUACCUUAUGCAGGCUUCACACUGCUGAAUGUUGCGUUAAUAAGGGAGCACAGUAUAGACCUCUUCAACAGCAGAAAAGUGAUGAUUAAGUUGUGCCAGUUUUGGACUGUUAACAACACCCAUUCUUGGCAUCUGGUGCAUCAACUUUCUUCAGUUCUACUACACUCGAACCUCGUUACAACAAAGUUGAAGGGGGAGCCGACACCACUUCGUUACAUCCAUUGUUGUUCCAUUUUGAUAGUCUUUUGCAUCCACUUUCCACUUAGCUCAUCGUGGUCGAACAGCACGGGGCACACAACACAGCGAUCCGCUGUGUGAUAUCAAGGAGGCAAGCGAACCUUGCCGCGCCAACUUGGCCCGGCCGGGUUGCAGCCUCCGAGAUUUCAUUGAUGCCAUUGCGAUCUCGCAGGCCACGCCCAUCAGGGAGACAUUAAUGCACGGCUUCGAUGUGUCCCCCAAAAUUACGCUGUGGAGACCUAUGACGCCAUGCCCAGCUGCAGCUGCCUGCGCUGCGUGCCGUAGAGACAGUGAGAAGUGAAUGCACUAAUCUUUCGCAGCGCAGAGCCACACAGCUCAUGCUGCCAGGCUUGCGCAAGAGUGAGAUCAGUGGAAAAGUGUGAUAGGAAGCUGCUCCUUGUACGCAGGUGCAUAGCUAUACGUGGCGAUGAGAAAGAUUAGUGUUGCUCGACAAUGUAUUUGAUGGCGGGGACGCGGGAGUUUUGAACUGCCACGGCAAAAGAGUGCCAACCCAGUGGAAAGCGAUGUACUCGGCGCUCGACAGUUGGUUAUCUUUUGGUGACGAACCUAGUUGAUUAUAUCCAUUGACAGGACAAGUUCACUUCGUUAAAGCGAAGUUUUAAAUGCAUGGAUCUCUAUGAGCAUUUCAAGGGGAAUUUCAUAUACUUCGUUAUAUCCAUUAUUUCAAUGUAUCCUAUUUUGUUAUGACGAGAUUCGGGUGUAACACGUGUCUUUAACAGCCAAGCUGCCAGCUUGGCAUUGGCCACAGAGCUCUUCAUGAAAAAGUGCAGGAAUAUCUCAUUCAGCUGAAUUGAUGCCUCGUUCGUGCUCCUUUUCAGACAGAGUUGGCAUUCUGUGGCACAUUCUGUUUAACACUAUUUCUGGAUGCCUUAUUGCCCUGUUUUGAUUAAGAGUAAGUCAACAAUACAAAUCCAUUCCAGUGGCGUUGCCAGACAAGAAAUGUCAAUUUGCUCAGGGAAGGGAACAGCAGCAUCUGUCACCUGGAGCUUGCAACCACUCUGCGUGGUCUACUUCUGCGUGACUUUUUGCGUGCCCUCAACAUGCAGAACCACCGUCUUGUUCAGUGAAAAGACUUGUGUCUUUCUCUUGGCAUCACUGUAGACAAUGUGUAUUGUGAUUAUGCUGAAUGAAACAGCCAAUUAGUUGUACAUACUAACAUGGCACCAAACAGAUAGCACAGUGAAAUUCCCACCUCCAUGAAAAAAUUCAGUGGGAAUGAGAGAGUGAUUUAGGAGAAUGAAUUGUUUAACUCCUUUAUGGACUGCACAAUGUAUGCUAAAGCUUAAACUUCAGCAGGUUGAAUGAAUCGGCACUUUAAAGGGCCCCACACAAAGCCACGCAGCAAAUUUUGGUUAUACGCUGGAAGUUGUUACGUGCCUUCUUGGGAGCGUUCUACCGCAAUAAUUUUUCAAAUUGGUUCAUUAACAGCUGAGAUAGAGAUAUUUCAGUGCUGCGAGCGUAUUAUUUCAGUGCCGCGAACCUAUAGCCACUGCCAAGAGAGACACUCUCUCCACUUGCCCCCAUCUAGCCUCUGCAAGUGAAAUUCCUUCCCUGCAUUCUCUCCUACCGGAACUGGAGGAUUGCGUGACGCACACGUCACGGGCACCGCAUUCUCUCUUUUGUUUUUUUUCUUUCUUUUCUUUUUUCACGCUUUAUUUUUGCGUGGUUCACUUCCUCUGAUGGUCACACCUGCAAGCUGUUGCGUUUGUCUCAUUUCGCGCAGCACACGAUUUUGCACGCUGUGCACUUGACUAGCGGCAUAAGUCAAGGAUACACGAGCACUGAGGCAGACGCAAGGAGAUCACAGAGCAUAAUCGCGCGCUGGAACAUGGUAGAAAAUGAUACAGUUUUCUUCGCUCUCAGCGCGCGACUGCACGAUGUAAGAACAAGCAGACGAAACAGAAGUACAGCUCUCUUGCUGUGGUGCAUAGUAAAACAGAAACAUGCAGACAUUUGGUUUGUGUGGGUUAUUAUUUCUUUAAGCAUUAAUUCGUCUAUUGACGCAACAGAUUACACAAACAGAUGUCGUCUUGAAUAAUUCUCAAAGUGCCACGCAUCGCUAUGAGCAACAUCGCAGCAUAUAUGUAUACGUAGGUGCAUUUGCUGAUAUACGUCAUCCCCCUGUCUUGAAGCGCGGCACCCACGAGGAGAAGAGAAACAACAUUUAGUUCGAAAUUUCAGCUCUUUCUGUGGCGCAUAGCGAUCUAAUUCUUAGGAGACACGAUCGUGAGCACGCAUUGCAUGCACUGUGCUUGUCAGCUCAAAAUGGCCAGACCUGGUGAGGAGUCCUUUAAGGCACGAUACUAAGCCCCCUUAUUGACGUAUGCGCUUGCUGUGUGAGAUUAUCACUUUCUAAAGAAUGUGAGCGAAGCUGCUGCAAAAUAUCCUGUCUCCAGAAAGGAUAUUUUGUACUGUUGCUUGCAAGUGGUGUGGCUUAUCUUCAGGUGAUGUCCUGUGUGUUGUGUACAUAAACGUUUUAAUUUCCUAAAGGAGCUGCAUUUAGACACUUGUUGAGUAUAUGUACUGUGGUAAAAUUGACAAAAAUUGAAUAGAAAAGUGCGAACACUUAUUCUUUUUCUGGAUUUCAGGGUACAGAGACAGGUGCGCAUUUAUUUUUGGUUGUUGACACUUUUUCUUGAAAGGUGUUAAAAUGUAAAAUGAUGUCCAAGUAGUAAUUUUGCAUGUGGAAAGCAAACUUAAACUAGGUGUGUUUGUUUAUUGGUCAGGCGAGGCACCAAAAUAGAUUACGUGGCAGCCACUUUUGUUUCAAACAGUGACAGCACUCCAGCAGUUUGACAUGCAUUCUUGCUAUUAGGUUUAGUAUAACAAUGACACAAUAUCUGUAAGCAUUGCAUUACAUAUUGUACUGUCACGGUGAGAUUAGUCACUUGAGGGCACACCUAGGCUAGCUGAAAUGAUGUUGGUAAUACAGAAGCGUUCAGUCACUUUUGCCAAGAUGAGUUACCACUAGAGUGAAAAUUAUGUGAACACAGGACGGGAAUAGCAUCACCAUUGUGAAAAGAAGGAACUAGAUUUCACUCUAGUGGUCCAUAGCAGUAGUGCAGUCAUGGUUUCACUCAGUUCACUUGUUUGCACAUUUAAAUGACAUCGAGUCAUUCUUUAUUGUAUUUAUGUUCCUUCUUUUUUUUGGAUGCAAGAUGUCUUGUGCAGUUACGGAGGACUGGGACACAUUGUGGCUCAGGCUAUACUUGUCUUGUGACAUGCUUGACUAAAUCGCAGUGGCACACAUUUUUUUCGAUUACAAAAGCUAUGCGCUCAAACGUUGAAACAACAUAUUUGAUGCAAGUCCUCAGGUUGUGUCUGUUCUCAAAGAGCCAUUGACUGUUCAUAAAGCAUGUUUCAAAUUCGCAGAGUUAAAAGAAAACUUUAGCUCAAGGCCAGCUUUGAUUUAUUCUUUCAAAAAGCCCUGAAGUGUAGAAAUGCUCUUGUUGGGCAAUGACUGAAUCAAUUUCUGUUAUAUUUGUUACAUUAUUUGUUACAGAAAUGCUAAACUCUAGCAACUGGUAGUCUUAGAAUUUCGACGUAGGCGGCCUUCAUAAAGUUUGCAGGAACUGAUGGGGAAAACAAAAACAAGACGGCCCUUUUAUAGCACUUUAGCCCUAUGAUAAAAGCAAAUGUCAUGAUUCCGUAAUUUGUACCUUACGGAGCAUUUAGAGAGAACAAACUUGGGGUACUAUGUACGGCUUUAAGCUACCUUGGUGUUUAGGAAACCCAACUAUUUCAGAACCUGUGUAGCUGAGCAAGUCAAUGCACACAGACUACAAGAUGCCUAUUUUGUUUGCUUUGAACAGUUAGCAGCACUUCACAGAACUAUAACAGCUGUCUUUGCUGCAGUGUUGAGUAGUAAACUUGCCAAUUGAAUUUUCCUUAAAUUUUGCUGUUCUUGUCAAAGUUUAAAAAAAAUUUUCUAAACAAAAGUUCAAAACAAAAAGCUGGUGUAUGCUUCUAGCAAGUCACCAGAAUAAUUUUUUUUAAAGGCAACAAAUAUUGUACUGCAGUUCAGUGGUUGUCUAAUGAGAACAUUUGUAAAUAUCGUGCAAACUUGAAUGAGGAAAUCUGAGCUCGCCCCAGCUGGACCUUUUGCUUAAAGGAGUACUGACAUAAUAUUUUCGACUUUCUCUUUUGCAUUAAAUGAAAGUCCAAGCUCUCAAAACCCUUGGACAAAAACAAUUGCCGGAUCUUACGCUUCUGUCGGAAUCAGUGUGAAGCGAAGCUUUCAGUGAUGUUUGCACAGAUGGUAAAGUGAAAGUUAUGCAAAUGUAACACUAAUGACUGAUAUGCUUACAGAAAAUGACAUAGGUAUAUGAAGUGUUAUCUUAUGCAACUAAAAUGUUAAUGAUGCAGAAUGCUAUGUUUAACCAAACAUAACUUAGUUGGGCAAGUGUAACCUAAUGACACAAAUGUUUAGGCGCAUGUGUGGCCUCUAUUUAAGGGUGACAGAAGAUGCACAAAAUGUGCAAUGCUUUUGUUUAUUACAACUUUUUUUUUUUUUUGUAGGAGCACUUUACGUUAUUGCUACAAGAUGUCAGUGAAUUCAGCUGCAUGUCAUGGCUUUGCAAUAACAUCAGUGAUGUCAGGCCCGGCAUUUCAAGACCAACUGUAGUAUCAAAAUAAAAUAUGUCCAGUUUCCUAAACUCCUUGUUGAGUGUCAUCUGUCGGCUUGCAAUCUGUCGACAUUCGAAAAUAAAUGUCAGUACUCCUGUAAGAGAUCCUUUCCCAACGUUCAGCACCAUGCAUGGGGAUGAGCUGCUUUGCCUUCUUGAACACUGGUGCUUUACAGCCAAAAGAGCAUAACAGUGCAGUGCAGCUUGCGGAAUUCUCGAGUAAAGCGCUGGCUUCCCUGCGUAAUAGCUCAGUGUUUCUACCAGAUUCAUGAAUGUGUGUUCAUAAUGGUGCAUUUACGUGUUGAAAAAAAAAUGCUUGGGAACAAACUCUCUAUGUGCUACCAACAAAUGCCCUCUGCACUUGUAGGGGUCUUACUCCAAUGCCAGCUAUGUACUGAUGCUUGUCUCUUGCCCCGUUUCUUUGGGGCCACAUUGUGGCUGAGGUGAAUUUUGUUAGAAACUGUUAAAGGGACACGAAAAAGAAAUCAAAGUUCGGCUGCAUUUGUAAAUUACUCGUCUGUGACGCCAAAAAAAGCCACUCUUGCAACAUGAAGAGGCUUGGCAAGAUACAAAACGUGCAGAAACGAAAUAGGUUCCUUGCCAGCUCAGCGUGAUGUAGAUUUUGACAGCGCCUGCUCUGGCCCAGUUAAAUUUUUUUUAAUAAUUAAAUAUAGACCACAUUAUACUCUAAAAGAGUCAAGGACUGAACAUAGCAUGUUUAGAAAAUUUUUAAUGAGCCACAAUACGAAGAAAAAUACGAAAGACUCUUUGAAAUCUGCGACGGUACGGUAGCUACCAGCACAGGAGUUCUGACUCGAAAUUACAAAAAUUGAACUUUGACUUCCAUUUGCUCUUAUGGUAAUCGACCUCUUAUCAUUAAAUUAGAAAAAUAAUCGUUUUGGUUAAAGAAUACUUGAUCGGUAUAAACUGAUUUAACGUUUCUUUUUGGUGUCCCUUUAAGCAACAAGCACAUGGAAUGCACUUACAAACUAUUUUUUUGCCAGCGUGUCCAUAUCCCUCCUCGCAAUGACCGCACUGUUGCCAUGACUGAAGCACAUGUCACGGGACUUCAGCUUUAGUUGGUAAAGUGCAUUGAAUAUGUUUUAGUAAUACUUUCAGGAGUGGUCAUGCAGUGUAACAUGGACCUACUGACAUCAGGCGAUGCCACACCUAAUGGGAACUGAAAACACGUUCCUCGUGGUUUCUAUUGCAUAUCCUGUAUUAGUUAUGCAGUUAGAGCUCCACCACUUUCUUGGCACAAAAGGGGAGAGUGGUUAGGACUGUGUCUGGGUUCAUCUCACGUUUCCAAGUUUGUCUGUUGUGCCCAGGAUGCUAUUAUGUGGUGCUUAGCUGUAGUCUUGUUGCUUGCUUUGUCGACUGCAGGGGGAACCCAGAAGAAAGAAAGAAAAGUGGCCUCCCUAGCAAGAUUAAAGUGAUUGUGACAUGCUCUUAAAAUAUUUCUGGAGUGCACAAAUUAUUGUUUGAGGCUACAUUAGGCAUUAGGAUAGCGUGAAGCUAUAACACACAACAUACAUUUGCACAUCACCAUUAGGAGGUCAACUUCCAACUCGGAUGAUGAAAGAUUGAGUGUUUAAUGAACAAGAGUAGCCAUGCCAACAUCUCGUAGAAGCGUCAAAUUUUAGAACAUUGUAGACAAAUUUCAUUUGUGCCGUGAUGGACAAACCUUGGUUAGUAAUGCUUAAUCCUUUUUAUCCCACCUAAUAAAAUGUUCAGUAGCAGCCUGUAUGUUGUAGAUGCAUUCCUGCUUGCGUAGAGUUCCUUGUGAAUUCCAUUAAAGGGGCACGGAAGAGAAAAAUAAUUUGGGCUGUAUUGGUAAAUUAUCCUUCUGCAAUACCAAAAAAAAAAAAAAGCCACUCUCAUCAUGAUGGGAAGGUUGGUAAGCCAGAAAAUAUGGAGUUUCCACACCAGCUCGGUGUAACGUCAGGGACUUUGAUGGCGUUUACGUUGGCCUGGUUAAUGCUUUCAUUGGUAAAGAUAGACUGCAUUCUAUUCUAAAAAAGGCAGAAGCUGAACUUGCCGAGUUUCAAGAAUUUUUACUGAGCCAUUGCUGCCUAUAUAUGAGGAAAUGUGACGACCAUGACCUGACACCGACGUGCUGGUACUGGAAUUUCAGUGCAAAAUUCAAGAAAUAAAACGUCUACUUUCUUCUUUGCUUCUAAUAAACAACCUAUUGCCAAUGAAAUUAAUGAAAGUAGAGUUUUGUAAGAGUGCAUUUAUCAGUCUAAACUGAUUUAUUGUUUCCCUUUAGUGUCCCUUUAAGUGGAAUGACACACCUUUAGGCUAGGUAGAGGUGUUGCACAGAAAAGCUCGGUGUGAAACCUUGGACAGUUCAUUUAGCUGUGCACCUUGAAUAUGCAAAGGCGUUGUAUAAUUUAUUAUAUUUUUUUAAAACCUUGGUACCACGUGGCAUAAUUGUGCCCACCUGUGCUCGUCUCGGUGUUACCAAAGUCCGGUUUCCGUCCCUUUCGUGUAUGUUCAAAGUAAGGCGCACUUUCUUGCCUGAUGAGUAACUGUCUGCUUCUUUGAGCAGCAGUGCAGUGUCGCUGAUGUGUAAGAAAUAAAGUUAUGCAAUGCACACA